UGUCAUUUCAUGAUGGCUGCUGUGAAUAAUGCUAGUUAGCAUGAGGACGAAAAGUGACGUUUUUCGGGGGGGGGGGAAUAAGCGGUAUUUCAAUCUUCUCGGUGGAGCAGUGAGGAUGAAGGUAACAUUUGGAGUGCAGUGGCAUAUCCCAUCCCUGUAUCGAGGUACGUUUUUCAACCCGUAUCCCAUCCCAGUUUCGAGGUACGUUUUUCAACCCGUAUCUCACGCUGGCGCCACAUAAAAUAUCAAUAGGCUGGACUCUCUUACCAUUUAAAGCCUUUUAAUGUUAUUUUACUAUUUGACCCACAAUCCAGCCAGUCCUUCAUCACUCAGGAGAAAAGCUCCCACCCACACACUGGGUGUACCUAGCUAACAUAUCUGUUAACUAGCCUAGUUCCAGGGUGCGCAUGAUUUACAUCCUGGGGUAGCCCGUUUCACCCAGGAAGGGAUCUUUUUUUUUAUUGUCAGGGUUUAGAUCUUUAGUGAGUGUAUGUCAGAGAACACAUGGUGAAAUGGGCCCAGACAACAGCACAAAGGGCGAGAAGGUCGAGACACUAAUACAUCAUGCAAAGCAGAAACAACUGACAGUAAGAGAGUCCAUGAUUGAGUCUUUGAAUGAAGAGAUGGAGAUAAAACUGUCCAGUUUGAGUGUUCAAAUGUCCAUUAUCAGAUGUCUAGGAUGGAGAAGAGAAGGGGAUGGAAGAGGAGGCCACAAGAGGGGCGGGACCCAGGGUUCCAGAGCAUCAAAUUCCUGAUGCAUUCCGAGACGGAGCCUCACGAGGGAAAGCGGAAGGUGGAGUCCCUGUGGCCGAUAUUCAGACUGCAUCAUCAGAGGAGCAGAUAUAUCUUCGACUUGUUCUACAAGAGAAAGGCCAUCAGCAGAGAACUGUAUGACUACUGUAUAAAGGAGAGUUAUGCUGAUAAGAACCUGAUCGCUAAGUGGAAGAAGCAGGGAUACGAGAACCUGUGCUGCCUUCGCUGCAUCCAGACACGAGACACCAACUUUGGAACCAACUGCAUCUGUCGAGUUCCCAAGAGCAAACUGGAGGUGGGGAGGAUUAUAGAGUGCACCCACUGUGGCUGCCGAGGCUGCUCGGGCUGAAUCGUCAGGAUCAUCGCCUGGCUGUUCUACUCUGGCUCGUCUAGUCAGGUCUGGAUCGCCUGGCUGUUUUGCUGUGGGGAUCGUCUGGCCUGGCUGUUCUGUUCUGGAUCGUCAGUUAUUUUCUACGGGACAUCAGGGCUCAUCUACUCCACCUGUGUGCUUCAUUACCCUGGAGUGUCUAAUCUCAAAUACACCCCUAGUUUCUACCCCCCUACUCUCUAGCCCACUACUCUCUAGCCCACUACUCUCUAGCCCACUACUCUCUAUUCCCUAGUCUCUACCCCCAAGUCUCUACCCCCAAGUCUCUACCCCCUACUCUCUACGCCCUACUCUCUGCCCCCUACUCCCUACUCUCUAGCCCCUACUCUCUACCUCUCUACUCCCCGUAUAGGGGUGUCUUUGUGAUUGGGCAAGGUUAUUGUUACCAUUCCAGCUGUGUAGUACACACGGUGGUCAUUCUUAAGUGCUAUUGUACCUCAUUUCCAAUGAAGAGGGCUGUGGGAGAGGGAAGGGUGGGAUGGGAGCCUUUUUCUGCUGUUGAACAUGUCAUUGC